CUGUAAUAAAUAUUUACUCAGAAAUAUUUAUGCAGGCUGGAGAAAACAAGCUUUUUACAGGACGCCUUUUCUCUUAUUGCCCCACCUCUCUUUCUCUAAUCAAUCCACCAAUAUCGAAUUUGAAUUCUAAUGGAAGAUCAUCGCGUUCCAUCUUUUGUUCAAUACCCUCAACAGAAACGAAAGAGAACCCUCUCGGAUGCUAUCGAUGCUUCUCCGUUCCGAGCUCCAAAAAGACAAGAACGAGAGCUGUUUACGGCACGGUCAGGCAGCACUUGUGUUGAAAAAACUGACGCCCUUGUGUGUUUUACGACUUUGAAAGACCAAGUGAAUACUGUGCCGCACGUGGCAGAAGAAAUGGAUACGGAUGAACGUAAAGUGUUGGCGAUUGCGGUGGCAACGGCAACAGCAAGUGAAAAGGAGACGGAGAAAGAAGGGAGAAAAGAUGCAGCAGCAGAGACAACGCCACUCGCAGCAACAGCAAGAGCAGCCAAGGAGAACGAGCAGAGCAUGACUACGACCUCCAAAAACGAAGAGAACACUACAACUACUACAACAACCUUCCAGCAAUCCGUUUCCGUCACUGAUACCAAGCCAUCCACUACCAGCAACGACAAUCAUAAUAGCAAAGAUUUGAGCCACAUUACCGUCAUCACCAACAUGGACUCGACCCGAGAGGACGAGGGUGCUGAUAGGAACAACAUCAAGGAUAACACCUUGGAUGAAGAUGAAGACAAUCAGAACGUCCCUGAUAAAGAACAGCAACGAGAGCAGUCAGCUGACGCUGUGCCACCGGAUUCAACAAAGAAAUCAGAUGACAAACUGGAUGGCGAGCCAGUGGCACAUGAAGAGGAAACAUCAAAAGAAUUUAUCAAUGAUGAACCAACAGCAGAAGAAGCCACCAGCAAUGUAAUAGUAACAACUCAAGUCAGCAGUACCAUGGCGGUUGAUUUUGAAAUUGACGUCAAAGAUGAAGAACCCAAGCAAAUCCUUACUACCACCACUACCGCCACUACCAGCAGCAGCAGCUCUGGGCAGACAGCUGAUCUGUCGGCAGAAAGUAAAGAAGGAAAGGAAGAAGUUGGCAAUGGCGACGAAGAAGGCGCAAGCGUAGCAAGUACGGCUGUCGGCGAGCAUCAGCAAACAAAUGAAAAGGAAGAAGGAAAGGCAGACGGACAGCCCUGGCUCUCUUCUAUCUGGAGUACAAUCACAUCCUCGUUCAGCUGGCGAUCCAAAAAAUGAUCAACCAACCGUCAAUUCUAACCUGCAUUCAUUUUACUUUUCUUUGUAUCUCUCUUUCGCCUUCGCACAAUUACUUUACCCGCUCUACACUAAUCACCUCAUUAAACAACAUGGCUCUAGCUGCAACUUUUCACAAUCAAAAAAACCGAUAAACAGGUAUAAGAACA